UCGCAUCGGACGCGUAUACCACGUCCUCGUGUUGUCUCAGUUCAUUUUUUUAGGUUUGCUUUGUGCUUACCUUAUGUGUUCUCUGCAGUGAAUUUUCUUGCAUAAUUUGCCAAGUCGUGUUCCUUUAUGUGUACAUAUAUCAUUGAUUUCAUAGCAUUAUUUUAUACGGAAGUGAAAUUUUGAACAAUAUUGUACCCUUUCGCACUUUUUUUGCAUAGACGAUAAUCAACUCUUUUAGUUCAUUUUCUCGUAUAUUGUGUAUGCUAAAAAAGUUGGCAGACUCGAAACCACCCACGCAAAAUGUUUGGGCGUCUCUGAUCUCUCCUGAUAUAUAGUGUAUAUAUGGUGUGUUCUUGAAUAUCUACUUUAUUUUUCGUUCACAUUAAGAAAAAAAGUCAAGAUGUUGGCUAAUUUCAGUGUUUAAGUGACUUUUUGUGAAUAUAUCGAAUUUUUCUUCAUCUCUACACAUGUUUGCCGUGUGCAAAAUGGAUUUAAUUGAAUAUUACAGGGUACCCCAUGAUUUUGCUUUCAACCCUACAGAAAGAACACAGUUAGGAUGCUUCUAGGCGAUCUUGCAGUUUUCUGCGUCCGUUUCUUCGUGUAUUCGUUUCUUCAUUUCGCGGCCCGUGGCACGAUAUAGAGACCAAAAGGAUGCACUUGUUACCUUUAUUGAUUGGAUACAUGCUGAGUUUGAUAUGUUAUGCCUCAGCGGUGGAUCCCAAAUUUGACCCAUAUACAAGAAUGCGUUUGAUAUUGGUGCCGGCAGAUGCAAAUGUGGGCAGUGUGAUAUAUCGUGUUCGUGCUACCGAUGAAGAAUUUGAUUAUCCUUUGGUGUUCGAAUUACUCGGCGAUUCAUCGUCAUCAACUGUGCAAGUUGAAUCACUGCCAUGCACAAAAUACAAUUCCGUGUGUCAAGCCAAUGUCGUCCUUAUGAGGCGACUCGAACCCGGCAGAUACUACGACUUUCAGAUAUCUGUAAAGGACACGCGAGGAGGAAUAGCUACACAGAGCUGCUCAAUAACGGCAACAAACUUCACCACGCCACAUGAUAUAAUAUUUCCUCAUAAACCCGGAAUUAUAAUGAUACCAGAGGAUGCAAAGCGAGGUACGGAGUUGGACUACGUAGUUGCACGCAAGAAUCCUCUUUUUCCCAAGCAUGUCUACUUGGAAUUGUGGGGUUCUCCACUAUUUGCCAUACGGCAAAAAAUUGUUCCACCAGAAAUGACAGAGGGUACUAUCUUUUUGCUUGGACCUUUGGAUUUUGAAAAACAAUCCAUGUACCAUCUUACGGUUUUAGCUAAUGACCCUUACGCUGAACCUGGGCAAGAUACAAGAAAUAUAGCAGGGUUAGAACUUGUUAUUAUCGUGGAAGAUGUUCAAGAUGUUCCACCAAUUUUUACUAUAGCUCCUCCAGUGACACGUCUUCCAAAAGAAUUAAUACCUGGUGAUAAAAUAAUUCAAAUACAAGCUGAAGAUGGAGAUAAAGGUGUUCCGCGACAAAUUCGUUAUGGUCUCGUAUCAGAAGGGCAUCCAUUGACGUCUUUCUUCAGUAUAAAUGAAACCAGUGGCAUAAUCACCCUUACAAAACCACUAGAAGAGAUUUCUUCAAUUACCCACGUUGGAGACCCUGUUUUGCUCACAGUUAUCGCAGAAGAAGUUAAAGUAAUGCGUGAUGAACCGCCCGCUAUGGCAACAACAGCACAACUUGCUUUUAUUCUUCCACAACGUGAAAAUGCCCCACCAUAUUUUGAAAAUGAUCAUUAUGUUACACAUAUUAAAGAGAAUGCACCUCAGGGGACAGCGCUUAUAUUUAUUGAUCCAUAUUUACCACGCAUUUAUGACGAUGAUUCCGGGAAAAAUGGUGUAUUCUCUUUAACUCUAUUGAACAACAAUGGAACAUUUGAAAUUUCUCCAAAUGUUGCAGAACGCAAAGCAAACUUCCUUAUUCGCGUACGAGACAAUAAGAUACUCGAUUACGAAAAGACACAUUCAUUGCAAUUUCAGAUAUUAGCACAAGAACUUGAUCCAACUACUAAUUUAUCUACAAUAGUAAACGUUACAGUUUACAUAAUGGAUGACAAUGAUAACCCUCCGGUUUUUACUGAACCAAUGUACAUGGCUGAAUUGCCUGAAAAUGUGACAGUUGGUACAAAAGUUAUUGAAGUUCAUGCCGAUGAUGUGGAUACUGGGAGUGGUGGAAAAGUUCGUUAUACCCAAAUUUUGGGUUAUCUCAAUACAUCACUGAAUUUAGAUGCUGAAUCGGGCUUAAUUACAAUAUCUACGGAGAAUCAUGGUUUUGAUCGUGAACUAAUGCCUGAAUUUCAUUUUUAUGUGGAAGCAAGGGAUGACGAUGGAAGGGGGAAUAGAGCACAGGCACCAUUUAUUUUAAAAUUAAUUGAUGUGAAUGAUGAAAUUCCCAUUUUUGAAAAGAGAAUAUACGAAUUUACCUUGUCGAAUGAUAUGAGGAGCUUUACCACGCCCGCUUUUAUUAAAGCUAUUGAUGCUGACGCUGAACCGCCUAACAAUAUAGUUCGCUAUGAAAUAAUUAAUGGAAACUACGAAAAUCACUUUAAGCUCAAUGAAAUAACUGGAGAGUUGAACUUUCGGAUCCCCUUGCCAAGGUAUGGAGCAUCGUCUGAACCAUUGGAUAAGUACGAAUUAACUGUGAGGGCAUUCGACUUGGGUGUUCCCGUGCAAUGGUCAACAACAAUUAUAAGAAUUUAUUCGCCCGAAAGUAAAAGGAGGACCAUGGUCUUUUUGCUCCCAGAUAGAAAUCCUGACCAGCAAAAGACCGAAGAAACACUAUCAGCCAUUACAGGUGGACGAGUUUCAAUUCACAGUAUACAACCAUAUACAGGAAAUGAAAUGAAUUUGGCAUCAAUUAAUGGAGAUACCAACAAGCACAAAAGUGUUGUAACAGCUUCAGUUGUCUACGACAACAACUCUAUCGUUGACAUAUCAAAGAUACAAAAACGAUUGUCUGAAAGCAAUAUAACAGCAGGGAUCAUCAAUUAUGGAGAUACCGAAUAUACGAAUACUCAGAAGGCGGAAAAUCGAUAUCUCUUCUGGAUUCUUAUCCUGUUAGCACUAUUGAUUGCCAUAUUACUACUCACCCUAAUGUUCUGUUUCAUCUGUUCAUGGUGUCCACUUGCUGGAUUCUCAAAAAAGAAAGUUAUUAGAGUCAGUAGUACGGAAGACGAUGUUCAUCUAAUGCAUAAGGGAAACACAAAAGAAACCAAAUCCGUACAGGUUGCAGAAUGGAUGGGCCGAAGAGAAGCAUGGUCAGCAAGUAAAUCGGCAGAUUCCCGAACUAAGGCAACGCGUUGGGAAUUCUCCCGUAGACAUCAUUCUCCUGAAAAAGUAGAUAUUGAUACUCACGUUAAAGCUAGUCAACGAGACGUACGUCCAAGAUCUUCUGAAGAGCAACGUACUGUUAAACUAAAAAGUGUGGAGGAGGAUGUUCGACCGUCAAAUCGAAAACGAGAUCAAUAUAUGGAAAGUGCAAUGCGAGAUCAAGACUACAAUCACAUGGUUCACAAGGAAAUGCUUCAAAAUCAAAUCGAUGACGAUUCUAUGCGACGACAUGAAAUCGAUCGGGGUAGCGAUAUUGAGUACAAUAUACGUGAAAAUAUGAAAUACGACAUGUCUCAUGAAAACGAUCCGCGUGAGCAGUAUUUCAUAAAGGACGGCAAUGCCGAAAUACUUCGACUUGUUACACGUGGGAAGGGAAAUGUUGAAAAUAUUUAUGGAAAUUUAUCGCAUCGUCAAAUGGAAUCUUCUCAAAAUCAACCUCCGCAGUUGAUUGUUGUGGACAAUGGUGGGGGCGGUAAGGAGAUCCUAAUGAGGCGAUACAUUGAAGAACAAUCAAAUGGGAAGCAAAUAAUAAGAGAGCACUACCAAGUCAUGCCGGAAUCAAAUUUUGUACAAUCCCUCCCCAAUGAGGUUAUUCAGCACAAUAUACAAAAGGCCUCACAUGAACAGGCGGCAGCGCAAAUGGACGGGGGUAGUGUUAUGAUGGAAAAGGAAGAACAAAUAAUGCAUGCAACCUCCCACCAUUCCUUAAUCCAGCAGGAGCUGGAAAAUUCCCUAAAGCAACAAAAUGCUCUAUUGCGUCAAAUUUUGCUUGAGAAGGAAAAACUCGAGGCAAAGUACAGUAUGCAAGAAGCCGCCCUUGAGACGCAGAGUCUACCGUGCAAUUCUAUGACGAUAGCUACGCAAACAAAUUGCAAUACUGCAACACAAACAGAGCCGGAAUUCAAAAAGGAGCACCGAAGAAGGACUAAAAGUGAAAAUGAUGAUUCAUUGUCAGAUGAUGAUUAUGAGUAUGUUAGAUAUAAUUCACCCGAUUCCCCACAAAAAGUUUAUUGGAUGAAAAGUAAAACGGACAAGAAACGUGCAAAAAAGCAAUCUAAAUUGGCAAAUCAAAAACGAAAUGUCAUUAUGGUUAAUUAUAUUAAGAGAAAUAUUCAAACACCCAUUCAGGAGGAAACUGAGGAAUCUAAGUCUCCUCAGCAAGCUAAAGAAUGUAAAUGCAAUGUUAAGAGCAAAAGUAAGUCCAUAGUAGUAUCACCUCUCAAUAAAUCCUUACUAUUGGAAAUAUCAGAAUCACUCGAUGGUGAGGUAAUUGUUCCUAGUGCUAAAGGAAGCAUAACAGUUAAAUCAAAAUCUGUUUCUAAGGGCAAAUCUGAUGGCAAGUCAGAUGAUGACUUUUUAGAAAAUGGAAUAGUAUUGUAUCAAUACUCAGCUGAAAGUUUAGAUGAAAACUCAGAUGUUGAGGAAAAAGACACUUCUCGUUAUCACGAAUCGCAGUCAGAUCAUCAAAAUGACACAUCUAAAUCCAAAAAAGGCACACGCACAAAUCGCAUUCAGAAAAGUUCCCUCAGUAAGACAAGUAGUACAACCAGGAUAUCGCGUGAGUGUAAUUCGAGAGAAAGUCCCACAAAGCAAAAUCGCAGACAGACUGAGUCUGAACCACCCCAAACGAGAAGACCCAAAAAUGCCGUCCCCAAAAAUUCUGAACGAAAGCGUAACGUACAGAAAAGUAUGGGUGAGGGUAGUAAGACUCUCAGUGAAACUGAUAUUUUGAGGAAGGUUAGCGAUGAAGCAGAUUCGAAGCCAAUGUCAAAAUAUAUGGAUUGGUAUUACAAUAGGGAUAAUAAAGAUGAUAGUGGACGCAAAAUUCAAUCGAAAAAAAUUCCAAAUGACAGUCAAAAAUAUAAAUCAUCCCCUUCCACAGCAAGAUCAAGUAAGGUGCCACAUUUGGGGGGUAAGCAGGAGCAUGCCCAACAAAGUACGGCCCAAAUGCUCAAAGAAGACAUAAACAAAGCAAAGAGUUUGGUACAAAAGAAUCAAAAAGACGGUAACUACUCCCUUUUGCAACAUUCAGAGCAUCGCUUUGAACAUGAAUAUAAUCCUACAACUUCAAUUUUAGCCCCACCUACUCAACUUAAACACUAUCUAUAUCCAAAUACUCCACCUAAUAUAAGUACCGAGUUACAAGAUAAGGCAGGUGAUUUAGAAAGUAAUUACCUCUCGGCAAAAAAUACUGAAGCGAAAGAUAGCAAAGGUAAGCAAUUUGGUAUGGAAGAAUCCAAACAACUUAAUGUCGCCACAUUGGAAGAUGACCACGAUUCUGGAAUAGCAAUGAAUUCUUUUCUCAAUAGUAUGGGACGUAAGAAUCCUAUAGCCGAUAAGAAAAGUGUCUUUGCAAUUGCCUAUGAUGAAGUAAAAGUUAGUAAAUUAGUUUCUGAAAGCGAAUCCUCGCCAAUUUCAUAAUUUUUGGAUACAUCUUAUUUACACAUCUUUCAUAGAUUUAUGUAUAUGUACUGUACAUAGUAUGAUCCAUUAAUACUAAUAAUAUAUGUAUAUAUAAAAAAACUAUCCCGUAUUUUCAUUACCUAUUUUAAGUCAUUCUUUUAUGUAUUUUUUGUAUGUGUUUUUGACAAGCUUUUCCCUUAAAAAUAUUACUUUGAUUAUUCGCUGUGGAUUUAAACUGUACGUUCUUUCCAACUUAGAAGACUAGUUUAAUGAAGGAAUUCCAUUCAUUUUUAUAAAAUUUUAAUUGAGAAAAUUUUUAAGAUAGGCACCGUAAAGAAUAAGUUUUUUAUGAGAAAUUGAAAAAAAAAAACAUUUUUAGAAGUUUAUACUAAAAACGACAACAAACACUUGAAUUUCAGCCUUAUCGAUUUUAGACUGAAAAGCGCCACAAAUUGGGAAUUUUACCUUAAUUGAAUAUUAAUAUUAACGUAACCACUACAUAUUAAAGACAAAAAUUGUUCUCAUAACAUUUAAUAUUAUUUAAAAAUUUAUAUACACAUACAAAAGUAAAAAUUUAUUUAAUUGUUGUCACAGUUUCGGUUGAUUUACUAGCAUCACCUGUAAAUAAAUGUGGAAGAAAAUAGACACCUUAUGUA